GCUCAACACUUGAGGACUCAUGUCCAAAGCCUCCCAUGGAAGCACGCGGAUCGGCCGCGAGGUGUGUGCAUCCUUAAUGGCACCUCUUCCGGAUGCGUCACAUGGUGAUGUAUGGAUGCAGGCGAUGCAAGCCAUUGACGCAGCAGAGCUUGCCCAGGUGACUCGUUGCGGCAAGGCCUCUCUCGCCCAGGUCUCCAGCCGACUUCAGCAGUGGAAGAACUCGGGAAACCCGACGGACAAGCCAUGGGCAGAAGUAUUGGGCGAGUGCUGCCACGCCUUCAUGGAGCGUUGUGCCGAGAUUGUGGAAAUGUCAAGUGCAACUCCUAAGCUCAGCUCCAACUUGUUGGGUGCUGCAGUGCACCUGGCUGAGCUUGUGGGAAAGACAGGGUUGGUGCUUAGUGCCAUGGAUUCCGACAUGACAAAUCUUGCAGACAGAGUCUCUAAGCUUGAGCUGAUUUAUGACGUGGCUGUGAAGCGUGUGGAGUCCGUAGCCAGUGAGAUUGCUCGAGGCAUUGAUGCUUCCACUCAUGAAAAAGCAAAGCAGAGAGAGGCGGAGAUGCAAAGCAUCAAUGAGGACCUGAGGAAAACAUUGGUUGAGUCUCAACAGAGAUGCAUAGCAGCUGAGGAAAGAGCAACCGACUUGCUGCGGCAAUUGUCUGCGCUCCCUCAAACACGUUCGCGCAACAGCAGUUAUGGCAGCCAUGACUUUGAUCGAAAAGCUUUGAACGACGCUCGACGUCUCCAAAGCUCUGAGCUCACGGCACCUCAUUGGAGCCCACUGAAGCGGACGUCCCAGCCACCCCAGACCCAAGCUUUGCGAAGUCAGGAUCCACUGGAGUUGUCAGUUCACGCUGCACUGGACCACCUGAAAGCACUGCUGGAGCAGGCGCAGGAUGCGCAUCCAUCUUUGCAGCCACUGCUGCCCUUGAUCACAGGUGUGGAUACUGUUCCCACCAGCCAGAGCCUUCGUUCGGCCGCAAGUACUGCCAUUUCUUGGGCAGACUCGUGCUUAAGCUUCCGGGAUCCCAUUCUUGCUGCAUCCGUGAAGCAAUCGGCCUCGCACCUUCAGUGCUUGGGGGAUUUAUUGAACACUUGAUGACUUGGUGCUCCGCUUCGAUGCCGAUAUCGCCGAUAAACUCCAUUCGUCCGUUCCGGCUGGUCUCGCGCCGAGAAGCUCAAGCUUGACGGGCCGCGUUCGGCCGCGACAACCACGCAAGGAUCUACCAGUAACAUUGGUAACAUUGCACUGGUGUCUUGUGUACAUCCCAAAGUGAGAUGAGGCUGACAUGUGCGACAUUGCCAGCACUGAUCAGGGUACUGGGGCAUGCACUGCGCUAGCCAAGUGCAAUCAGAGCCAAAGGUGCCUGGACUGGCAAUACCCUUGGCAGUCUAUUUGGGUUUGGUAGGACACGGGGAUCGCCAAAAGCAUUCACG